AUGAAUUAACAAAUUGUAAGCAACAGUAUUAGAGAAUUUAGCUAAUAUAACAGAGUUUUAGAGGGUAACAAUAUAUAUGUGGAAAAAAAAAUGGCAAUAUAUUAUUAAUACUUCAAAAAAUUGUCAACAGGAUAAACUCCAAAAUAUUUACUUAUUGGAUGCUCGGAUUCCAGAGCCCCACCAAAUGAAUUAACAGAAACAGAUCCAGGAGAAAUAUUCAUCCACAGGAACAUAGCCAAUUUAGUAAUACCUACAGAUUUAAAUUUGAAUUGUGUAAUUUAGUAUGCAGUUGAACAUUUAAAUAUUCAUAGUAUCAUAGUAAUGGGUCACACAUGUUGUGGAGGAAUCAAGGCUGCAAUGGCUUAAGACUCGGUUGGCGGAUUGCUUGAUUUAUGGUUGAAUUAAAUAAAAAUAGUCUACGAGAAAAAUCAAGAACUUAUUGAAUCAUUGGAGAAUGAGAAUGAUAAAUUAGAUUGUCUCAGUUAACUAAAUGUUAGAGCUUAAGUGAUGAACAUUUGGAAGAAUCCAAUCAUUCAAAAGUCUUGGCAAAAAGGAAAUCCUAUUAUGGUUCAUGGUUGGCUAUUUAGAGUAGAGACAGGGUAUAUUGAAGAGUUACUAAUCGAUUCAUAAACCCCUGAAGAGAUGAAUAAGGUCUUUGCUUUGAAAUUUAAAUUGGAUUCUGAGAGAAUCUUAUCAAAAUAAACUACACCUUUAGGCUCACCAAAGAAUAAUGCAAGAAAGAAAUUUCAAUCCAUGUAAAAGCAGAUUAUAUAACAUAUCAAAAAAUAAAAAGAAAAUGCAGGAGGGUUCCAAAAAACUAAUGAUCUUCAAUAAAUAAGAGAAUAUGUUUAGAAUUGUUAGGAGUUAUGA